GGUCUAGUGUUCCUCGGACCUCGUGUAUAGCCAUAUAAAAACCGACGAUUAUCUACAACUAUAUGCUUUCCACAACACACGACCACAACUUUUCAAACCCCAAUCCGAAUACCUUCAACAACACUAACACACUCCGUCCUCAACCUGAAUCUCAAUAACAACAACAACAACAAAAUAACUUCGCCUUACUCGCCAUCUUGCGCUUUUCGCAAAACACAAACCCAACUCCUCUAGCAAUUCAUCGACACGCGCAAUACUUAAGCGUAAUUCUCAUAACAAGUACCCUUAUUCCUUGUCAAUAAAGAAAGCCAUCCUACAGACAUCAUGGCUCAAUGUCCCAAUUGCAACGGCCCAGACUACCUCUGUACCUGCAAGAGAGACGGGCUUGUCUCGAGCUCUAGCGGUGGUAGUUCCAACAAUGCUGGCUACAACAACUCUAGCUAUGAUCGCAACUCUUCCUAUGGCAACGGCUACGGUGGUAAUUCGGGCAAUGGUCGCAGCACUCCUACUGGAAACAGUUAUAGCAAUUCGUCUUCCCGAGCCACCAACUAUUCCGAUACCUUCGAUCGCGACCGCAGCCAAACCUCCUCAUCCGCUUCCUCUUACAAUGUUGAUCGCUGCGGCCGAUGCCAACGUGCUCGCCAUCAAUGCACCUGCCUUCGCAAUCAACCCUACGUCCCGAAUCGCACCAGCACUUCACGCCCCAAUCGCAGCUCUCCCGCCUAUACUUCAUCCAACUCUGGCUCGAGCUCUGGUAUGUGCUAUCGGUGCCGACGCUCCAAGAGCAGUUGUACUUGUAUCUCAGGUACAUUGUAUAACCCUGGUGGCUACAGCAAUGAGCGUACUGCGUACCGAAAUGAGCCGGCAUUCGAUGAUCCGCCAAGCUAUUCUGAUCGCGAUUGGUAUGAUCGUCCUUCCGGCUAUCGACGUUAAUUGAGAGAUGCUCAUAGCUCUUCCUUGGGAGGAAGGGAUUGGAAUGGAAGGACACAUCUGGGCAGGAAAAAACUAUUACCUUUAGCAUCGCAUUUCGUUUUGGAGUGGGGAAGCUUUUGGC